AAACUAUUGAUCGUUUACUAAUCUAGGUGCAUUUGUUGGCCAAUAAGAAAAAUCUCUGUACAUACACCUACAACUAUUUGUCCGUAAGAAAAACGUAUAUGUAUAUAUAUAUAUGCAUGCGUAGAGAAUAUAGAUACUGUAUCUACUGUAGUUACAUUCACCGAUUACAUCAUCAGUAAUAUCCAACCUUAAUCAUCGUUAAUUUAUCCUUCAGUAAACUAUUUACUUAACAAUGAUUAAUUAAAAGUAAAUUCUUAUGGAUAUUUACAAUAGUUUAAUUUACUUUUGAUAAAAUCAACCAUCUUUUUCUUUUUUUUUCUUCUUAAAUCUAUCAAACAUUAAAUUUAUCCGUCUUUCUUAUUUGUAUUAAUUUUGAAAUUGUAAAAAUAUUCUAUUUUACAUAUAUAAAAAUUAAUGAACAUGCUUUACGGUGGUCCUCUUGGUACUUAUCUUAGUGGUUUGUCAUCAACAUCUUCAUCACCAUCAUCAUCUUCAACCAAUGCAACAUCACAUCUAAAUUCAUCAAGUUCAGUAUAUAAUUCACCUAGUAAUAGUACAAAUUAUUAUUCUGGAAUAAGUGGAUUAAGACGUAGCAGUUCAAGAUAUCGAAAUUCUACAAGUGGUAAUAAUUUAUCAACAACAUCAACCUCAUUAAAUACUACUAAUAGUAGUAAUAUCAGUAAUAAUAAUAGUAAUAGUAAUACUGUAAGUGGAACUAAUCCAUAUUCAUCUUAUUAUACACCACCAGUACGAAGAAAAUAUGGUACACCUGAAACGGAUACCCCAAAGCCAUCACGGUAUUUAACACGUACACAAGGUCUUUCAAGUAAUAGUGGGAGUGGUAUUGUCAGUGUUGGUGUAGGCAGCAGUUGUAGUGUAACUGGUACAUCAACUUCAUCUUACUCAGGACUUCCACAAUAUCCACGUAGGUCACCAAAUAAAAUUGGUUCAAAUACAAACUAUACAGUUGGUGGAAUAGGUACUAGUUCAUCAUGGAAUUCGGAUUUGAGUAGUGCCGCAAGUAAAACACCUAAUUACAAACAGUUAUACGAAGAAGAAAAACUGCUAACAAAUGGUUUACGUGAAGAGGUGAAAGCAGCCCAGAAAGAACUAAAAGAAUUAGAAGACGCCUUGGAAAAUUCAGUUGGUAGACGAAGACCUAGUGAGGUUGAACAAAGGAACGCGCAAAUGCCAAGAGAGACUAAUCAGUUUCACUUCUAAACAUCAAUAGAAGGAUUCAAACAACCAAUACAAAUUUAUUGAACUCUACCCCAUUGCAGGAGCCAGUAACUAACUGGACUCAGUGCACAAGUGGAUAAAGAGAUGGAAUUUGAAGCGAACGGCAAUUGAUUCGAGUCCUGGAGUGAAUAUGAACUCUAGGAUGCAGGCAUAUCUAGCAGGCAAGUCCCGAAUAGGACGAAACGCACGUCCUGUAUCUCACUGAUAGUCACUAUUCAUUUCUAUCUAUAACGAUCUGUUGUUAGAUUUAUUCUCUUUGGAAGCCUGAAACUGUAAAAAAUAACUGUUUUGUUUUCUGUAAUUCCUAUAUACUCUACAAUCAGUGUAUGCUUUCGAAUAUGACCAUGUGUAGUUAGGUGGUCAUCUUCAGUUUAUGUCCAAUUUUUAAAAAUCAUCGGUUAUCUACUUGUUUACGUAUGAUAAAGCUUAUCUUUAAACGAAUGAUUUCACCCAAAUUAAAUGGCCUGUUUCGAGUACGUUGUAAAUUCAUCUAACGAUUUCCAAAUGAGUUCACAGUAAACUUCAGUUUAUAAGCAAUAACAGUAUGCAUCAUUGAUACACCACAGUCUCGAAGAAAGUUGCACCACUGUUCAUGUUGUUUAAAGGUUACUUAAUGCCUCAACUUAUCGUAUUGGUAACACAGGAAGUUUAUUGAGUCGUUCAAAGAGAUUUAGGUUUUAUGUACUUACAGAAAAUCGUAUAUUAUUAUCGAGCAAUCUUCUUAACGAAAGUUAUGUUCCACCACAUUAAUUGGAGGUAAACAACAAAUUUGAAGUCGAUAAGUGAUUAUUUAUAAAUCCACAAGUUAUUUAAGAAUAAAAGGAUAACUGUAGUACAACUGGUUUCCGUUUCAGUGUGGACAACAACUCCAUUUAAAAUAUGUUUCUAAUUUAAACAGAAAAAUAUCUUAUGAAUCUCAAGAUGUAUUUCUUGUCUUUUUCAGAAAUUUAAAAUUUAAAUAAACUAAGGUCAGAGAUUGGUUCGUUCAACUUUCCUAACUCUUUAGUUUCACUUCAUUUUUGUGUCAUAACUAAUUUGUCUAUACCUGUAAUCAGUUCUAAUCUAAAAUAUAGUUAUUAAUGUUUUCUAAAGAGCUGUUGUAAAGUGCAAAUUUAAUGUAGUUUUGAUUAGUAUCAGAAGGGGUUUUGUAAAGAUUCUAGUAAUUUCAAUAUUUGAGAGCACGAGUUCAUUGAAGAUAGACCACCAUGGAAAACAUGGAAGUUUUGAUUGUCUAUAGUCUUUAAUUAUUUUGUUAGAUAAGCAUCAUUUCUCACAAAAAUGAACUUAAAACACAGUAACAUAGUUCUGCAUUCGUUUAGUCAAAAAUGUUAUUUAUACGAAUUAUAUAAGAUUCUACAAAACGAAUAAUACUGUAGUUUAUGCUACUGAUAUCAGCUAUAAUGUUAAAAUGGUAUUUAGUCAAAUGAGUGAAUGAAUUUCGCGUCAAAAUCCAAAACCUGUUAUCUUAUAUCUGAUUGGUUCAUCCAUAAAUUAUACUUUCACCGAGUUAUAUUUUAUGUGUAAACUAACAGCAUGACUAGUUUUUCUUUAGUUUUUGUGAAAUUAAACUAUGUAAUUAAGUAUUUUUCAUUUAGUUAUCAGUGAAAAUAUGAUAACACAUUUGUAAAUGUUUUCAUUUUGUUUGUUUAAUUUUAAAGAAAAUGGAAAGAAGAAUAUCAGAAUGUGAACAAGAACUUAAAUUAAUUGAGAAAUUACGUGCUGAAUCUGAAAAAUUACACGCUGAACAUCGAGCACUUAUCCGAGUGGUAUCACGUUUAAACAGAGAACAAUAAACAUUUUCUUAAAUAAUGACAAUUUACCAUUUUAUUUAUUUAUCAUUAUUCAAUUAACAUGAAUAAUGAAAUAAAAUUCUACUAUUUACUUCUUCAAAUAUGAUAGUUUUAUUUAUACAUAAAGAUCCUUUUUUUAAAAAAAUCUCCUUUGAGUAUUAUGAAUAAAUAAAAUUGGAGUAUUUAUCAAAUGAAACUUUCUAUUAAAGUCUCAUUUUAUGUUAUAAAUAGAAUUGGAAUAUACUUUAUUAGUUGUAAUAUCAUCAUCACCACCCUUUUUCUUUUUUUAAAAAAAUGACGUCAUCAAUACUAUGACGUAACAUCCGAUCAGUGUUUAUUGAUUGUUUUAAUUUAGUUGUUUAAUUAUUGUCAUUUCUUAUUAAUGUAAAAAAUAUACUAAUCACUAUGUAAUUGUUUAUACUAACAAUCAAGGUAUAAAUUGAAUACAUAAAAGAUUGAAUGGUUAC